AUGGCCGUGCGUGGACAGCGCGCGACCGCGGGGAGCGUCAUUGUUUGUAGUCUGUGCCUGUUGACAACUGGCCUGACGUUCGCCCAGGAGUCGAUCUCGUUAAACAGACGAUAUUAUAACCGCGAUGGUGUAUACGUGCCGCCGCAGGCCGCGCCGAACGUCUACAAUACGUACAUAUAUCAGAACAGGAGAUAUGGCAUUGGGAACCCUCUUGAUAGAGGACCCACAAGGGCACCCGAGGAUCGCUACUUGUACGACCAUUCAACACAAAGGAUUCCAUUGCCAGGAAUAUUGGCUGGCUGGCGUGAAGAUCUUCAAGGAAAAGAAAGACCAGACUCCAAACUUUUUAGAGACAGAAACAUAAUCGUGAAUACAAAUUAUGGACAAGUGCAAGGAUUUAAAGUCCAGUUGUACGAUGAUCCAUUCUCAAGACAGAGACCGUGGAACCCGACAGUAGAUAGAGUUACAAAAGUUGUCAAUGUAUUUUUGGGUAUCCCUUAUGCACUGCCACCUGUAAAAGAGGGCCGUUUUAAACCUCCCAGACCUCAUAGAGGAUGGCAGCUUUUACAAGCUGUAGAUUGGGGUCCAGCUUGUCCACAGCCGAGUGAAUAUACUGGUGCUACAAAAGGUAUACGAGAUGUUGAUGAAGACUGCUUGUACUUAAAUGUGUUUACACCCAAUAUUGGUGCUGGGCUGGCAUCUAAGUAUGCAGUGAUGUUCUACAUACACGGUGGUGAAUUUACUCAUGGAGCUAGCAACUUGUUCCCUGCUCAUAUACUAGCUGCCUUUUAUAAUGUCGUAGUGGUAUCAAUAAAUUAUCGCCUUGGGGCUCUUGGAUUUCUAAGUACUGGAGAUGAAAAUAGCCCUGGUAAUUAUGGAAUUCUUGAUCAAGCUAUGGCUCUACGAUGGGUAUAUGAUAACAUCGCAGUUUUUAAUGGAAAUCCUGAAGCUAUAACACUUUUUGGUCCUGGUGCAGGAGCAGCGAGUGCAGGAUUAUUAAUGGUUGCGCCUAGAACGCGAGAGUUGGUAGCGAAAGUAAUAGCGCAAUCAGGUUCGGCUUUAGCUGAUUGGGCGGUAAUCAUGGACAAGUAUCGAGCACAAAACACAUCCCGAGUAUAUGCAAACAUGUUAGGAUGUAGUAUAGACAGCAGCUGGAAAUUAGUACAAUGCCUGAAAGACGGACGUAGUCCCUUCGAAUUAGGCAACUCCGAAUUGAGGCCAAACAUUGGAAUGUUUCCGUGGGCGCCUGUAUUGGAUAUUAACUUUACGAUACCUCAAGACGAUUGGUAUGAAGGAUGGAGAGCGGCCGACUGGCGUUUCUUUGCUGAAACACCGGAAAAAAGUAUUAAAGCUAAAAGAUAUAGAAAAGACUUAGCUUAUAUGGCUGGCAUUACAACUCAAGAAGCAGCAUUUAUUAUAAAAGAUAAUGUAACUUUACAAAGGAAUCUAUACACAAUUGAUUCUAAAUUGUUUGACGAAAAGGUAUGGGAAUUGGUUCUUCAGUAUAAUUACACUCUAAAUCCACAAGGCGUUUAUGAAGCAAUAAAAUAUAUGUACACGUAUUGGCCAGAUCCAAUGAACGUUACGCAUAUACGCGAUCAGUAUAUAAAUCUCUUGUCGGACUUUCACUAUGUCGCGCCAUACGAUAAAAUAGCAAAAUUGCUGGUGGAGAAACAUGUACCGACAUAUCUGUAUGUUCUGAAUACUUCGAUAGAAUCAUUCAAUUUGCCACACUGGGCCAGGGUAUCUCACGAUACAGAACAUCUGUGGCUAACAGGGGCGCCGUUUAUGGAUUCUGAAUUCUUCCCACAAAGAUUGAAACUAAGUCGAGAUAUGUGGACUGACAGUGAUCGCAAUAUGAGUCAUUUCUUCAUGAAAGCAUACUCCAAUUUUGCAACAUACGGAAAUCCAACACCUUCGCAAAUUUUGGGAUUACACUUUGAUGUCGCUCGAUAUGGACAAUUGCGAUAUCUCAAUAUCAAUACGACGCUUAAUAGUUCUAUCGAAAUUAAUUAUCGCCAGACAGAAAGUGCGUUCUGGUCCAUGUAUUUGCCAACUGUUAUUGGUUAUCUUGUUCCCACGUAUCCUCCUGUUACUGAGUAUUGGUGGGAACCCAAGCAGCCACUUCAAAUUGCAUUUUGGUCAAUGUCAGCGGCAUGUCUGCUGUUACUCGUGCUUGCUGUGGUGUGUUGCAUGCUUUGGCGCAAUGCCAAAAGACAAUCUGAUCACUACUAUAGCGGGGACAUCCUGAUGGUACGAGACGACGAACAUUCCGAGGGAAUCGAGAAUUUAACACGUACAUCUAAGGAAAACAUAUACGAAUAUCGCGACGUACCUCCGAUAAAGACUAGAAUGCCACGUCAAAACGAAACGAAACUUCAAGAACGUUUAGCGCAAAACAGAAAGUUUAGUUCCACGCCCUCGUUACGAAGCAAUUCUAAUGUCUCGUUGAAAGAUAUGAGAUCGGAAGGCUUUGUUACAAGCUCACCUAAUGGUCAGCCUAAAUUGACAAAAGCGAUGAGUCAAUCAGCACUGCCGAAAGCUAAAAGUAGGACUCUAUUAGUGCAGGGAGUACCGCAAACAGCCGUUUAAUAAUUAAGUUACCAAUAUUUUCAAAUCGACAAUCGCUUUAUUUAUUUGUUAUAUCUAGGUUUUUAAAUAUUUUAUUAAUUUUAUUAAUAAAACUUAUCAUUUUUUCUAUCAAUAUUAUAUGAAAUGUCAAAUUACACUUACAAACAAUUAUAAUCAAAAAUUAUUAGCUACAUCUAUAGAUAUUCUGAGUGCAAUGUGACAAUUUUUUAAUAUUAUUUGCGUAUACGAUUAUUAAGAUGAUAAUUAGUGAGUUUUUUAAAUCUUAACUUUUUUUAUUGUAAAGUAAUAGUUUUUAACAAUUAUGCAAUUAACACCUACAGUAGCUAUUUUAUAUCCGUCCAUAUAUAAGAACAAAAUAAUUGUUAUAUAUAUAUAUAAAGAAAAAGAACACAUCUAUAUAUUUUAAGUAUUAUGUAAAUAUCACGUAUUUUAUAUUGUUUUACAAAGCUGAUACUUUUUUAAAAAAUCAAAUCGUUACAUAAGGUAACUGAGAAUGCUUGAGUAAAUAGUAAAGCACAAAAUAGAUGUUUUUAUUUAGAUUUUCUACAAAAUGUAAUCUAUGAGACUCUGUCAAAUUCUUCAAAACAUUUUACAAUGUCUCAGCUACAAACCUUCAUUAACAGAGUGUCAACAAAUAUGUAAUAGGAGCUAUCAACAAAAUAUGACUGUAAAAAUUGAGCAGAAUCUACAAUUAGCACCUAAGUUGAAUGUACGGAAGACACUGCUCAGUUUCUACUGCCAAUUUUAUUAAAUUGUAUCUACAAGCUCUACCAAUAGGACAUGAGCUUUAUAUAUAGCAUAAUACAUAGUUAGAUGCUACGUUAUAAUAUUCUAAACAAAUUUGCUGUUAAACUGCCAACAUUUUAUAUAUUUUCACAUGUUGAGUUUAAAUAUUAAUGAUAUAGGCAAGUUUGGAAUACAACAUAUCCUUGUCAAUACAUAAUUCAAUAUGUAUUAAGUGCCUUGCUCGAUAUAUAAUUGGAAGUGCCUUACUUAAUGCAAUACAAAUAUAUAAUAGACUAAGUGCACAAAUUUAAUAUAUGUAUUACAGUUAUAUGUAUGUUAACAUUUCUACAUAUCAAAUGUAGCUUUAGUAUUAAUGAUCUCAUUCCUACUGAAGUUACGAUGUAAUUGUAAGUCUGACACUUCUGAGAUUAAAUGUUACAAAUUUAUAGUAA